AAGGCCCAGCCCUGGACCGCAGACUGCCAGAUCCUUCCGGCAGGUGACAGUCGCCAAGAUGGGGGCCUGGGCCCUGCUGUGGGCCCCCCUGCUGCUGCUCCUGGUGCUGCCCGGCCAACCCCCGGGGGCAGCAGCCCAGGGCCAGGUCUGCUUCGUGAACAAGACCUUGAUCAACAUCAAGGAGAACACAAACCCUGGGCCUCUGACGAACAUCUUCAUCCCGGACGGCCAGCAUGUCACCCUGGGGCCCUCGUCUACCCCCUCCGCCUUCCGGAUCCUGGGGGACCAGCUAUUCCUCAACAUGACCCCUGAUUACGAGGAGAACACCAUGCUGGAGGCUCACCUGGAGUGCAGGAGGGGCAGCUCAGUGGUGACGCAGCUGUUGGUGCUGGUGUCCGUGCUGGAUGUCAACGACAAUGCCCCAGAGUUCCCCUUUGAGGUCAAGAACCAGGACGUGGCGGAGGAUACCAAAGUGAACUCUAUAGUCAUCCCCGAGAGUGAGCUGAAGGCCACUGACAAGGACGAAGAGGAUGUCUUGUUCUACACGCUCCAGGAAGUGACCCUGAAUGCCAGCAGUUUCUUCUCCCUGGAGGGGGUGAACCGCCCUGCCCUGCGGCUGGACCGGUCCCUGGACUUCUACCAGUGGCAGAACAUGACUUUCCGGCUGCUGGUCCGGGACACUCAGGAGGAGAACGCGGAGCCCAGCCACACGGCCACGGCCACCCUGGUCCUGCACGUGCUGCCCGCUGACUUGAGGGCCCCCUGGUUCCUACCCUGCUCCUACUCAGAUGGCUAUGUCUGCAUCGAGGCCCAGUACCACGGGGCUAUCCCCACGGGGCACAGGCUGCCAUCUCCCCUCAUCCUGCGUCCUGGGCCAAUCUACGCUGUGGAUGGGGACCGGGGCAUCAACGCACGCAUCAUCUACAGCAUUGUGGGUGGGAACGUGGACAACACUUUUGCCAUUGACGCAAACUCUGGCAAUCUCACCAUGGUCAAGAUUGUCCCCGCCCCCACGACCUUCACUUUGCUGAUCAGGGGGGACCAGGCUGACCAGGCCCGAUACUCAGUGACCCAGGUCACUGUGGAGGCCCGCUCUACCCCCGGGAGCCCACCCCAAUUUCCCCAGAACCUGUACCGCGGCUUCGUGGCCCCCGGCUCUGGGGCUGGGGUGGCUGUCAGAGAUGCAUCCUCCCCGUCCCAGCCUCUGAGGAUCCAGGCUCAGGACCCUAGCUUCCCGGGCUUCAACUCAGCCAUCACGUACCGAAUCACCAACUGCUCUGAGUUCCGGAUGGAUGGGGAGACUGUGCUGACUGCCACGGCGCUGGAGCGUGAGGGAGUCUUCUAUGCAGAGGUGGAAGCCACAAACACCGUGACUGGGAACACAGCGACCGCCGCUGUUGAGAUUUGGGUUUCAGAGCAGGCACCCCCCACCACAGGACCCCCAGAGGUCCCCCCGUCCCCAGAGGCUGGAGGCACAACCAGGCCCUCGACCAGCACUGCUACGGAAGUCCCCAGCCCCUCUGGGACCUCUCAAGAACCCUCUUCGACCAGACCUGGGGGGGCUACUGGCCCUCACCCAUCCUCAGGCACAACGCCAAGGCCGGCUGCCCCCACCACGCCUGGGAGGCUCCCUGGUGUGGGAGCCAGCACCACCACCAGGCCGGCCACUUCCGGUGGGGUCUCAGCUCAGACCCCGAAGCCGGGGACCUCUCAGCCAACGACCCCCAGGGUGGCAGCCAGCUCCUCCCCCUGGCCAGCCACUCCCGGUGGGGUCUCAGGUCAGACCCCGAAGCCGGGGACCUCUCAGCCGACGACCCCUAGGGUGGCAGCCAGCUCCUCCCCCUGGCCAGCCACUCCUGGUGGGGUCUCACCUCAGACCCCGAAGCCAGGGACCUCUCAGCCGACACCACCUUGGCCCAGCAGGAGCUCCCCAGCCUCAGGGACAACAAGCAAUGGCCCCACUACGGAAGAGAGUAAGCCAGGCAGCGGCCCAGGGGACCCGCGCUUCUCUACGGUGGACAUGGCAGUCCUGGGAGGGGUGCUGGGUGCACUGCUGCUGCUGGCCCUCAUUGGCCUGGCUGUGCUCCUCUUUAAGCACUAUGGGCAUCAGCUUUGCUGCCGCCCCAGGAAAGCUGCGGAUCUCCAGCCCCACAGCUUUGACAACCAGGCCUUCCUGGGUGACCAGGAGGCCACCAAAGCAUCUGCCCCUGGCCCCAAGCCGGGCCUCACACCUGCGGAGACACUGUCUGCACCCCUGGAUCCUGAGCCCCUCAGCCCCGAGCCACCCACUCCCAAGGCCCAAGCCCCAGAGCCCCCUGGCCCAGAGUCCCCUGUAGCCCCCAGUGCUGCUGGGGACAGCCCCUCAGCUGUGAGGUCCAUCUUGACCAAGGAGCGGCGGCCUGAGGGUGGUUACAAGGCCGUGUGGUUCGGGGAGGACAUUGGAGCAGAGGCCGACGUUGUGGUCCUCAACACACCUGAGGCCGGUGAGGGUGGUGAUGGCGACUCUGAGGGCAGCGGUGAAGAAGACAUGGGCCCGGACAGGGGCCCCAGUAACGGGCCGGGCGACUCUACCUACAUCUAGCACCGCCUGCCGCGCUGUCCCCUCCCCUGCUGUCCCUUUCCCGCUGAAUAAAGUGGCCAUUCUGACCCUGGA